AUGAGAAAAAGUCAUGCAAACCGGGAUGAACUCUACUUAACCCUACAGGGAGUUGAUAUUUCUAAGGUUAAUGGUGCCUAUAGCAACACCAUGGGGCACAUGGAGAUUAGCUACUGGCAGGCCCUUAUUAAAGAGAGCAUCCAUCUGGUGGACAGUGAAAUUGCCUAUGUGGAGCAGAUGAAAGAGAUGAUAGAGCACUGCAUCCAUGAGAGGACGGUGUACAGCCAGCACAUGGGUCACUGUGUGGCUCUCUACUUGGGCUCAGCCAGCCUGAACCACGACCAGGUCUUUGUCCAGCUGAAGAAAGAGGAGAGUCUGGCAUUCAAAAACAGGGAGGUGAUGAAGAAGCAGGCUGUUGUCAUCCUCAACAAACUAAGCUCUCUGAGGACAAUCCGCUAUAGGCUAAAAAAAGAUUUUCAAGACAAGCUCGAAGCCUUAAAAGUCACCACCAGAUGCAUCACAUUUGAGAUGACAACCCAAUGCUCUGGCUUGACUGCUGGCCCACUCAAACCAACCCAUGUGAGCUAUGAGCAGUGGCUGUCUCGGUGUCAACACAUGAAGAUGAUGGCUGAUAAACUUGUGAGGGACUCAACAAAUUGCAGAGAAAAGCUGCAGUUACUCCUGCUCAAUAUCAAGCUUGAGAUUGCAGAACUGACCAAAGAUGUUCAAAGAUUGGACAGUAAUAUUAAGAGCUUUGAAGUCAAGCUGCAUUACACCUAUCACCUUCUGAACAUCUACAACCAAAGACCGGGAUUGGAGCUCUGCCUGGAUCAGCCUCACGCCUGUUUAAUUCGGGAGAGACGGGAACUGACAAAAAUGAUUAAUGGUGUUAAAUCAGAGCUGAAGCGUUCCCAGCAGAACCUUGAUAAAGCACACCAACGUCUGACCUUUGUGGAGGACAAACUGGCUAGAAAUGCUCAACUCAUUGAGGUAGCUCAGAGGUGCCGGAACAUCCACCAGAGCUUCAGGCAGGCUGUCAACUCAGCUGUGGUUCUGAGUAACAAACCCAGCCUUCAGGCAGUCGAGGAUAGCUCCUGCCCUUAG